CGCAGGCGGAAAUGAAAAGUCGAAAAAGUCAGCAGUUGUUAUUCUAGCUCGGCUGAACUUUAGAAUAACUUUCCUUUUUUUCUUUUUUUUUCACGUCAAAUCGAAUUUUACGUGACUAUUAUAAUGUGUAUUUUGAAUAGGGAGUUUGAAUGUUGCGUUAAAUAUGAACGUUGUCGGCUGUUUCUCUCAGAGGAGAUGUUUAGCUUGUUUAGCUCGCGCGCUGUGUGACAGUUUGCCAAGUGUAUCAGUAUUUAUGAUAUGAAGAGGAUGAGGCUGUGUUGUUUUUGUGGAGAUUUAAUAUAAUAAUCUGUGUUUUUAAGUUGUGAGGGUUUUAUAAACUGUCACAAUGAGCGACAACGACGGGGAAGUCGAGAUGAUUACUGAAGGAUUGGAGCGGCCGCCCAGCAGCUACGGCUCCAUGUGUAGCGAUGAUGUUGAUGAUAUAAAUGAUGUUGAUGAUGAGCUUCAGGUUGCUGCUGCUAAACCCAUCAUUAAAGUCACUUUACCUACAAGGGUCAAGCUUCAUCGUCCAGACUCACCAGAAACCGGCAUCACCUCGGUCACGCAAGACCGACAGACCAGCAUCCAUAAUGAGGGCGUCUACUACACUACUGCAGAUAGGAAAGAGUCGGAACCAGAAGAAGGUUCAGAGUUUGCAGAAACCGAGAGUUAUGUGUUUGUGAGAGAACCCCAAAACCGACAGAGGAGGAAUAUCCAGCCGCAGCCGACUGCUCCCGAACCCACGCCCCCGCUUGCAUCCGCAACGGAUCCGGCACACGAACUUACCCUGCCCUAUGUGUUCACGGCCAUGCUGAACUCUCUCAGAAAUCUGAACAGGAUGGAGCUGGGGUGUUUCGUGCACACUUUGUACUCGCAGUGUAAAGGUCAGCUGGAGUUCCGGCAGCUGCAGCAGGAGGGUGAGAUGGACGUCCUCGGCGUGGUGGACCGGAUGCUGGAGAAAUGGGACAAAGGAGAGGCGCUGCACAUCACCGUACGCACGCUGCACGACAUCAACAAACGUGACCUCGCCGGCGCACUGGAGAGCGUGUGCAGGAGAGCCUUGGUGCAGUACGAGCUGCGAGCCAGCCACAAGCGGCGUUAUUACAGUCUCUACGAGGGAACCUGUCGCCCCGGGCAACAGCGCUAUAUCAAGCACGUCUACGUAGAAACCCCGAUCGUCCUCGAAACACCAAACAACGAGAGAACGCCGAUCCGCACCGCCGACCUCUUCACUCCCGCCGAGGGCGGAGGUCACAUCCGGGUCGUCGUGACGACGGGAGUCCCGGCCGUCGGCCUCACGGUCAACGUCCAGGCGUUCAUCAUGGACUGGACGGAGGAGCACGCGUUCCAGGACACGUUCUGGUUUGUCUUCGCUCUCCCGGGUCGUGACCUUCACCUGGUCAGGAACUCAGAGCAGACAUUCCUGGAGUUCCUUUCCUCGUUCUAUCCCGAAGCCAAGCAUGCGGAAUUCCUCGCCCAAGAUCGCGCCACGCUCUUCAUCAUUGACGCCCUUGAGCUCUGCAGACAGCCUCUGGAUUUCCAGAACAAUCCGACCGUCACGAACAUCACGACUCCGGCCCGUGCCGAUGUCCUCCUCACUAGUCUGAUCAAGGGGGACUUGUUGCCCCACGCUCGCAUUUGGAUCACAUCCUGUCGCUCGGCUUUCCGGAAACUCCCGGCAAACUCCAUCAGCAGGUUCACCGAGCUGAAGGGAUUCGGAAAUGCGCAGAAGGACGAGUAUUUCACCAAACGCACUAAAGACCGGGCGUUAGGCCAGCGAGUCCUGGAUCACGUCAAGGGUUUUCUGCCGCUGUACGAUGCCUGCUACCUGCCGCUCUUCUCCUGGAUCGUGUCCUUCGUUUACGAGCGCCGCCUACUGAACAGAGGGAUCACCGAUCCGGAGCCGGCGGUCGCCACGUUUUACAUGCAGUACAUCAUCGUGCUGACGAACCGGAAGAUCGAGCGCUACGUCGGCACCGGGUUUGACGCGUCGCGGUGGAAAGACUCCGAUAAAGACUUCUUGAUGAAAAUGGGCAAACUGGCGCUAAGGAUGACGCUCGAUGGACAGGACAUCUUUUACGAAGACACCGUGUACCAAUAUUCCCUGGAGAUGGACGAGGUCACACAUCGGAGCGGAAUCUCAUCGGAAACAAAUGAAGCUUCCGUAAGCAAUGGGCGGAGCUUUCGUUUUGUACACCCCAACAUUCAGAAGUUUAUGGCCGCCCUGUAUGUCUAUGUCAAGUUUCGGGGGGCGGGAGAAAACGUUUUGCAGCAGAAUGUGGGGAAGACGAAGUCCGAACGUCCCGUCAGCGAGCUUUUCAAACCCACCAUCGACUACGUCCUCGCCCGCAGAGAUGGAGACAUGGACCUCUUCUUGCGCUUUCUGUUGGGACUGGCCACCCGCAGCGCGGAGAUGCAUCUGCGCGGCCACCUGCUGCCUCAGUAUCACCCCGAACCAAAGGCCGUGGACGAUGUGAUCAAACAUAUUAAGAAGUCUGUACAAAAGAAAAACGCCAUACCUGAGCGGUGUAGGAAUUUGGAACUGUGUCUCACAGAGCUGGAAGAGAGCAGGAACGCCCGAUGAUGGAUCGACAAAAGGACUGGGGAUGUUAAAUGAGUGCAGGCUUUAUUUAUUAAUGAUGUAAGGAGGAAGCUGAAAGGUUUUUACUUCAAGGGAAAUUUUAAACAAUAUAGUGUGAGAGAGAAAAAAAUUGCACAGACCAAAAAACAUCACAUUUUAUUGUGUGAUUGCAGUGUGUGGUGUGUGUUUUUUUUGUUUUGUUUUUUUUGUCAGAUGAGUGGCAUUUAGUCGGAGUGUUGCCAUAGCGACAGCAUGUCUACUUCUGUUCUCUCCUGUUAGGUGAGCCAAAUGUUUUCUCAGGGUGUCUCGGCGUACAUGCUGUCAGCAAUCAUAGGAUGAUGGCGUCUUUAGCCCCGCCCCAAUGCACUUGCAUCAUGCUUUGUUUCUGCCAAUAGAUGCACUUGGAUCUCAUUUUGUAACAUUCAGUAGAGCUAGCUCUGCCCCUAAAACGUCGCCUGUCUAAACGAUCUACAGAAAGAUCCUGGAGCUACAAGUGGAAAGACAAUCCCUCCAGCUCUGGAAGCCUCGUCACUACGUUUGGGAGGAGAAAACGUCACUCAUGCAAAAUGUUAUAGAUCCUAAAUCGUACACUACUUCAAAAUAAAGUGUUUUUCUUAUCACUAA